AUGGCUUUGUUACUUUCACAAAUCCCCGAUCUGCAGUUGAUGCUAUCAAUGAUAUGGAUGGAAGGAGAUAGGUGUAGAGACCUUGAUCAAGAUAAAGAAAGGGGAUAUGAGCGUGCAUGUGAUCUUGAUCGGUCUCGCAACCGUUUCAUUGAUAGAGACACUGACAGAGACAGAGAUAGGGUCAGAGACAGGGGACAUGAAGGUGAUCAAGCAUGGGAAAAUGAUAGGGAUCAAGAGAAGGAGAUAAGAAGAAGUGACAUUCAUCAUAGGAGUGGAAACAAGUAUAAAGAUCAAACAACUAAAUUGCAAAAUGGUUCUGAUUUCAAUGAUCGACAUAGCAGAGAGCAUCCAUCGGGGUCAAGUGAUGGAGAUCAUGAUCAUCAUGCUGCAAAACAACUCAACGUUUCACGCCAAAAAAUAGAAGAACUUCAGAAAGAGGUUUGA